UCUGCCCUGGCAACCUGCACCCCUCUACUCUCUUUUUCUCUCUUUCUUUCUCCUCCUUCCACUCACUCCCUCCAGAGUGGGACUCCUGACAGGUCUGCGGCAUCAGUCUUUUGGGAGCUCCGUAGAAGCCUGAAACCAUGCUGACGUUUUUGGCGCUGGCGUCGGUUGUCCUCCUGGGAAUAGUGCCUGAGCAGUCCCAGGCCAUAGUGAUUUACACCGGCUGGGAGCGCCACGCCCUGGUGGGCUCCGACAUCCGGCUGUCCUGUUCUUUCUUCUCCUGGCGCUGGACCUCGGAGGAUGUCACCUUCUCCUGGACAUACAGGCCUGAUGGCUCCCGGGACAGCAUUUCUAUCUUCCAUUACACCGGUGGUGCCGCUUAUGUUGACAACAAGGGCCCGUUCAGGGACCGACUGGAGUUUGUGGGGAACCCCGGCCGCCGCGACGGCUCUAUCCUGCUGAAGAACCUGGAGUUCAGCGACAACGGCACCUUCACCUGUGACGCCAAGAACCCCCCUGACAUAGUGGGCCGGCCCUCCAGCGUUCGCCUGUUGGUCUUUGAGAAAGUUCCCAUCCAGGCUGGCGUGAUCACAGGGGCCAUCAUCGGGGUGGUGCUGGGCCUGCUGGUGCUCAUCGUGGUCAUCUACUACCUGAUGAGGUUCCUGGUGGCGCGCCGCGUCUUCAGCCUCAGUGUCAGCAAACAUGGCAAGAAAAAGAAAGAGGGAUCACAGCAGAGACAGCUCUGGACACCACCCCCUCUCACUUGCUACCCCCUCCCCUAAAAGGACUGUCUCUCUACCUCCUCACCCCUCUAUGUCUCUCUCCGUGUGUUCGUCUCUCUUCUUCUCCUCCUCCUAAAUGUGUUUUUCUCUCCUCUUCACACAGCUCCACCCGUCCCGCUAACCUCAUCUCUCAUCCUCUCACCUCUAACGUGCCCAUCUCACCCUUCCUUCCUUACCUCCUUACCCUUGCCCUCUCUCUCUCUCUCUCUCUUUCUGUCUCCCUCACGCUCCUUUCCUCCUGAAGUGACUCUCCUCCCCUGUUCUCCACCCGACCCCCUCUCCCUCCUCCCCCACAGGGCCCCGCGCCUCCCGCUGACCCCUCCAAGGUGAAGGCGGCUGCCUCGGAAAAGAAGAAGCAGGAGUCACGCAAGGAUAAGAAAUAGGAUACGGGGAAGGGCUGGGGCGGGCUCGCCAGCCGGCUACUCCAGCCCAUGCGCCAGGCAGUGGCAAAAGCCCAGCCCAAUCAGAAGCAGCAAACCAUAGUCAGAAAGACAGAAAGGGUGGGGGAAGGAGGGGGGGACAGCUCGGGCCGGGUGCUGAUGACCAUCGAGCUGGAGCUGACCGGCAAAAAUGGGGAGGAGGGGCCCAGCGGUGUGGGUGGGGUAGGGACGUCCAAAGCGCCUGGCCUUCUAUCCCGCCUCGCCAACCAGCUCACCUUCAAAUGAUAGACCAAUGGGAAGGCAGGGGAGGCCAAGGGGGGAGGAAGCUGUGGAGGAUAGGAGAGUGGGAAGUCUACUCAGAGAGUUAAACCACAAAACUACUUUACACCUACCACAAAGCCAACCUGAGUCUCUGAAUAAAUGAGUCAAAUCAUAUCUGCUCACAGUCACAGGCUGAUGACUGUAGACGCAGCAGCUAUAUGGGCCGAGAUCUAAGAUGUCGUGAUAAUCUCUUACACCAGCCGGCACCCUGAGUACUUUUGUCAGGUCAUAAGAUAUGCCAUUUGAAGCGAGACCCUAAGACGGCUGGGUUUGAUAACAAAAUCUAAAAAGCUGCUCCCCGGGUUUUGCCUUUCUGGUUCCUUUCAUUGUGAUCCUAUCCGCCGAAAAAGCUUUCUUCAAGUGCGUCCGAUAUGCAUCACGAAUCCCCAGCUGCAGGGACAAGCCAAUUUGCUUUUCUUUCUUUUUUUUUUUUUUCGAAGGCAACGUGUCAAACUCCAACUUUCUACUCUCACACUGAUCUUCUUUCUUUUUCCUCUCCUAUCCCAUUUCUUCCUUUCACCAUGAAUUUCCUGACUUUCUUGUUAAUUCAAAUUACAGAAGUGAUUUAUAUGCUAACUGCUCUAUCCUGUUUCUCUUCCUCUCUCACUUCCCUUCCCUCUUCUCUUCCUUUUCUUUCUCCUGUAGAUAAAGGUCUGACUUCUCCAUGACUGCCUCCACUCCUCUAGUCUGCUCCCUCCUUUUCUGCCCAGCCUGAUGCAACCCCCAUUAUUUCCCAUUAUCUCUACUCUUUCAAGACAGCACUGGCUGUAAGAACAGUCCUACUAUAUCAGUGGCAACUGUGUCAAAUAAUUUUUACAGCGCCUCAUCGGAGACCCCGUAUGCGCUCAUUGCGCAAACUGUUAAACUGUUUAAGGCCUAACUACGCACAUAACUUCCUUAAGAGGAACCCGAAAGACAUCCCUCUGUGUUUAGAGUCCCCUGAAUCUUCCCCCUUAAUGUUUACGACUCAAUCACACACACUGAGCGGAGCUGUGAGUGCACUCUGGACUUCAGAUAGAGAAAAAGAGAGACAGAGAGGGAGAGGAGAGUGAUAGUGGGAGAGAAAUAUGAUUCCUGCUCUCAGCCGGCGUAGAUAGAGGUUCAAGCCCUCGAGCUCGGGGUGAUUCAAUCCUCUCACAUUUGAGCUAAUGGAGGUUGUCGCCGUGCCCCUGCCCUGGCUAAAGGGGGCUAUUUCUGGCCCUAUAAGAGCGCACGGGCUUACUGUAACAGCUGCACAUUUUUCAGCCAACAGGGGAGGGGAGGGGGGGGUGAAAGAGCAAGAGACGAGCAGGGCGGGCAGCGGGGGGCGCCUGCUGCACUGUUUGUGCCUGAGUGCAUGAGGCCGUCUGCUGUUGACUCGACGGCCGGCGACUGACAACCUGGAAUGACGUCACGGCCCCCGAGGGCUGGCGGAUGCUCUCAGGAGUCUGACAAAAGGGCUUACCAGGAAGAGGUGCAGCUUCUGUGCUCUCACAGUUAUUUUAGGUCCAGUUAAUCCGCGCGCACGUUUCUCCUCGCCAGCCCAGGGCUAAUUAUUUUAGCACGUGCUGGUAACCAGAUAUCUCUCUCUGCAUCUCCCUCCCUGCCUCCUCUGCUGUCUUCACUCCUCUGUUAUUCUCUCUUCAUCUCGGCUCCCAUCUUGGGAUUCAUCUCCUCCCACCAAACCCGCGUUUCGUUCUCUCUGUCCUUACGUCUUUGGCUUCCUUUAUCUCUUCCUCUUCCUGUCGUCUAGUGACUCUGCACUGCAUUAUUCCCCCACAGAAAAGGCCUAUACAAAAUCCACUCCACUCUUUAAGCCUCUCCUUAUCUGACUGCCAGGCCUACAGCUCAAUGCUCUGCUCCUCUGUCCUCUCUUCUGUCCUUCCUCCUCCUCCACGCCUUCCUUCUUCUCUUUUUCAAACUCAGUAAUGGACAUCUCUCUACCCUCAGUCCGCCUCGCCAAGUGAUUGACGAACAUCCUCUUGCUUGCCCUUCAAAAUGCCACCUCCCCCAAAGGCAUGUCCCCUGCCGGCCCUCCUUCCACCGACCCCUUACUGUCUUACUUCUGCUGGUUCGAAUGCCAAAAUACUCUCCUCUGCCCCCAACUGGCAAAGGAAGGAAACACAUGGGCAGAAAUCCACCUUUUAGUUCUCACUGAACAUGGAAACUUAUAAUCCAGCUAGCUCUUCUCCGGUCGCAAAUACGACGUGUGUUUUAUGUAUAUGUGUGUCUAUUUAAAGAGUGUUAAAAAGAGAUUUGAUAUAAAACAAAAAUAAAAACAACAGUAUGUCACCCUAAGUAAAGCAAAUAAUGUUUUCUGAGACAUUUUUUACAUGUGUACAAGAAAACACAUGGAGAACAUGUUUAUCGAGGCAGGGAAGAAAUGUAAUUGUAUUUGAUGGAACGUGCCAUUAUAUUUCUGACCUUGUGUGUUAUGGAUGGUACUGUGUGGCUGUGUCUACGGUGCACGUUUUAUUUCCGAAGUGAAGGGAAAUCGAGGUUGUUGUGCGGUGUCAGAGAGAAGAUGAGGGAUGGAGAAGGGUCCGGUUAGCCUCAGAUUCAGCGCAACGUGGCUGGGGAGAAAAAAAAAAGGGGAGGACGGUGCUUGCUGUGGGAGAAAGCUUUGGUGGAAGAGACUUAUCUGGUGUGUUAAGCCAAGCCAAAAAUCCAUAUGUAUCACUACAGAUAGAGCCUGCUCUCCCCCCAGAGCUUUCUUUUAAAGGUGCUCCUUCCCCAACCCUGAGCCAAAGAUGGAUUGCGAUCUGCGUGCUUGAUAUGCAGGGUGGAUAGUGUAGACUUGAAUGUUCCUUUAAAAUUUAUAACAGGAAUGGAGGUGCUAAACCCCACAUCUUUAUAACUGGAGAUCUGUUUCACUAGUCGCUGUUUAACUAUCCAGUCAAAUGGAUUAGUUAGAAUGUUUUCUUCUUUUUCAGCAAAGCCACACAGACACCUGACAUAAGACAGCAUUAAAAUGCCUUUUAAAAAUGUUUUGUUUGUCUGUAUUAUGAACUGUAUUAGUCAUAGUUGCACGAUAACAUUCCUUCAUUUGAAAUGACUGGAGCUUCUUACAUUUUUUUACAUUUAUUUUAAUGCUUGUGAUAAUUCCAGAGCACUAACAACAUUUGAUGACUCUGUAUAAUAUGUUGUAAAGAGAACGUAAAUAAAUAUUAAAGCCCCAAGCGCAGCUGUUAUCAACAGGCGGCAAAGUAAAC